AUGGAUAUUGGCGAGACGACCUCUUUUGAAGUCAAGUCGGAAUCUACCCUUGAACUCCAAGUCAUCGAGCCACCAAGCUCGACUGAAAGCGAGUCCGAGUAUACCGACGAACUCCAGGCCAUCGAGCCACCCAGAAUCGACAAACAAAAUAUAGACUUCGCCGAACAAACUAAAUUUCUGGCGCGCAACGGGAAUGCUUGCGUGGCCACUGGAGCAAUGAACCUGAAUGCAUACCAUAUCGCACCAUUUACUUGGAAUGAUACUCAGGAGCACAUCGACAGAACAUUCGAUCUGGGGCCUAAUCGAACCUUCAUGGUCGGGAACGAAUUCGCAAAUCGUACUCGCUACCUGCACAACCGAGAUGAGCCAGGGGAGUCCGAUAAGGCAUGGAAUAUGAUCUCUCUUCACCCCCAGGUAUACAGCUGGUGGUCCAAAGGGUACUUCGCAUUCAGAUGCCUGGAAGUGCAAUCUCUAGGAAGUAAUGAGUCAAAUGUGAUUUUGGAGUUCCGGUGGAUGCCUCAGACCAAACGCUGGUUCGGACAACAGAUUGAUAUCUUCAACACCGGUACAGGACAUGAUCUGAAAGAAUGGUUGGACGGGAUCGAUCAGUUCCAUGCCUCCGGGAAUCCCCCACCUAUGGCUAGCAAUGAACUAAGGCUUCAGGCCACCACAAGUGACGGAGCACCUCUCUGUUCAGGAAGGCUUAUUCAUAUACGAAUUGUUAAUGAGGACGUAUCUCGUUUCAAGGAUAUGAUUGGCAUGUAA